CUCACGUCAGCGCGAAACUCUAAAAAACCCUCAGCUCAGCAGCCGCAGGAAGUGGUUCAACGCAAAAAAAUAAAGCGCUUGGCAAAACUCGGGACGCUCCAUUCUAUCAGCUCCAUUCUUUUUCUUUAUGCGAGUAGCUUGGCCGCCAUAACCUUGGGACAGAAGUCUUGGGGUUGACUCUGGCCCCGAAAGUUGGCCCCCAAUUGCAACUCGCCAAGUUACACCCGAACGAGCAAAGAGGGGAACGAUCGGUUGCUGCAACCUAAGCGCCGUGUGUGUGGCGGCUGGCGAUUCCCUGCAUGGCUGUGCCGCCCCUGCUGCUGCCCCAUCUCGUUUCCUUUUCUCCUCAUGGUGCUCGCGCUCGAGGCCGUCCCUCGUCCUCGUCCUCGUCCUCGUCCUCAUCCUUGUCUCUCUAGUUGCGACAAGAAGGAGAUCCGCAAACAUGGAGAAGCCUCCUUAUGCAGGCCUGGAACUUCAGGUUCCAGACAUGCACAAGGGCCCCUACCCAGGCCUUGAGGUUCACAAUCCAAAGCAGAAGGCCUACCCAGGCCUUGAAGCUCUGCCGGACUCGGACCUAGAAGCCGUCCACGGCGGCCACCACCACACCGCCUAUCAGCCCUAUCCCACAGAGCUGCCAUCGACUGACCAGACACCGCCGCCCAAAGCCAGGAUAUGCGGUCUUCCGAAGGCGAUUUUUUGGGUCGUCUUCGCAGCGACAGCCCUCGCUAUUCUCGCGAUCGCAUUAGGUGCCGGGUUGGGUGUAGGGCUGAGGAAGGCCAACCAGACUACUGCCGGCGCUAGCGACCAAUCCUCUUCACCGACGUCGACCAGCACGCCAGUGACGAUUAGCGGCACAAGCGCCAUCAGUUCCUCAACGUCGACAUCCAACGCCACUGUCACGAGCGCUUCGACGAGCAGUGCCGGCGCAACUUGCAACGGAGGCACCGUCCGAGAAGGCGAGACCGAGAACUACAUCGGCCUGUGCAGCUUCACUUGCAGUUACGGCUACUGCCCGCCGGGACCUUGCAAGUGCACUUCGUACGGAACCCCAGAGGACCCGCCAGCAACCAACGGCCGCGAGGGAUGCCCGCUGCCCGGCGAGAGUGACGGCUACUUGGGCCUGUGCAGCUAUGCCUGCAACCAUGGCUAUUGCCCUGAAACUGCCUGUCGGUAUUGCUAGGGCAGCACCAGACCUCCAUUCUCAAACAAAGUCGUGGUCGACCGUCCGAGCAAUGCCGUAGCAGCGGUGGCGCAGUGAUAGCAGGUAGCCCGGUCUGAAAGGUGCUACAGGGGUGUAAUGUGAAAGCUUGAAGGGUUCCAUUGCGGUUCCUGUAUGGUUAACAAUUCAUUCUUCGUCCUUCGUCGUCUCUCUGAGACUUAAGAAAGCCG